ACGUGUCAUAGAACUAGGAAAAAACCCGUAAACAUUGAGCCGGUAAGGAGGCAGAAAAUCUUUUGGCUAAGCCUAAAAUGCUUACAUUUAGCUUGACCGUUGUUCGACACGGCUGCCUAGCUAAAUCCAUAGGUUUCUUAUUCUGCCCACCAUAUCGAAGCAGUGUCACCCUGAGUGUCCUCUCUCCAUAGACCACAUAUAAAGCCUACCUCCCAUGCAGCCUCCUUGAAAGACAUGCAAUGGGGAGACACAAUACAACAAGGAGAAGUUGCUACAAGACUGCAGAAAUCAUUAUGAGGAACAAUGUUCACUCCUCGGGUGUUGAAAUGGUCUUUGACCCGUUACUCAGAGAGAGGGGUUUUGGGAUCGCAGAAGGACGGCCCAAGGAGGAUCUAAAGAACAUGGCUAACAGAGCCGGCCAGUCGUGUCGAGACUAUACUCCUCCAGGAGGGGAGACCUUGGAACAGGUAAGGCUGCGAUGCAAGAAGUUUCUAAAGUCCCUUUACCAGCGCAUGGUUGACGACCACGGCUGCUCAGGACAGAGUUCUGCUGCUGUAGGGAGAGAGGCCGGGGCCGGUGCAGCUGAGUCUGGCACAGAUGGGCCCCUACCUGGUCUGCCUGACGACGGGAUGGAGGGUGUCCCUCUCCAUGCCCUGGUGGUGAGCCACGGGGCCUACAUCCGUGUGGCUGUGAGACAUUUUGUGGAGGACCUGCAGUGCUCUCUGCCCCAGGGCCUGAAGAUGUCCAAGUUGUUGUCAGCCUGCCCCAACACGGGCAUCAGCCGCUUUGUCCUCAUCGUGUCUCCCACAGAGUCUGGCCUCUCUGCUGUCCGCUGUGUUUUCACCAACAGGAAGGACCACCUGACCUCCCGUAACAUAUGUUACAUCACACAUUAAAGAUGGACAAGGCAACACAAAAGGUUUAGUCACUACUCUGUUCUGUUUAAAUGUUAUUUACUGUAGCUAACAAACCACUGAAAGUAAAGAAUAUCUGGCACAGUGA